CAAUAGUUAACUCCACCAAUCUCCUGACCAAACUCAGCCUCAGUGGAUAUGCUCACUUCCUCUGCACUAGUAUGACACUGUCUCCUCUCCUUCUACAACCUGUUCUCAACCCAUUUCAGUUUCAGAUACUAACCCACCUAUGUCUCACCUUAAAUAGGACCGAGUUUCCUGAGGGAGACUUCAGAUGUUCUGCUCACACAAGUGAACUCUCCUUAAGAACCUCUACACCGCUCCUCUGUCUGCUCUCCUGGCUCAAGUGCUCCAUGAUAACUCAUCACUCUCUCACCACCUGCCAGUCCACCCUCCAACAUUUUGCCAAUCCACAACGUCCACAAGGAAAAGAAGGACCGAAGGAGACAAUUAUUAACUCCACCAAUCUCCUGACCAAACUCAGCCUCAGUGGAUAUCCUCACUUCCUCUGCACCAAACUCUCCUUAAGAACCUCUACACCGCUCCUCUGUCUGCUCUACUGGCUCAAGUGCUCCUUGAUAACUCAUCGCUCUCUCACCACCUGCCAGUCCACCCUCCAACAUUUUGCCGAUCCACAACGUCCACAAGGAAAAGAAGGACCGAAGGAGACAAUAGUUAACUCCACCAAUCUCCUGACCAAACUCAGCCUCAGUGGAUAUGCUCACUUCCUCUGCACUAGACCGAGUUUCCUGAGGGAGACUUCAGAUGUUCUGCUCACACAAGUGAACCUCUACACCGCUCCUCUGUCUGCUCUCCUGGCUCAAGGGCUCCUCGAUAACUCAUCGCUCUCUCACCACCUGCCAGUUCACCCUCCAACAUUUAGCCGAUACACAACUUCCACUAGGAAACGAAGGACCAAAGGAGACAAUCAUUAACUCCACCAAUCUCCUGACCAAACUCAGCCUCAGU